AUGGACAAGCUCAAGAACCUCGCCUCCGGAAGCUCAACCAGCAACACGGCCGCUGCGCCAGGCCAGCAGAAGCAGGAUCCCCUUGAUAAGGUCUUCGACAUGGGCUCUAAGAAGGCUGGUCACGAUUUCUCCCCCAGCACGGAUGAGAAGAUUACCGACGGCGCCCGUGGAAUUUAUGAGAAAGUGACCGGAUCAAAGGUCAAUCCCAAGAUUUCCAACUAA